AUGGUAGGGUGGAAUGUGAGGGGUAUGAAUAAAAAAGAAAAGCAAAAAGCUGUUCUAGAUGUUUGUAAGGAGAAUAAGGUUGGUUUUGGAGCUCUUUUUGAGACUAAGGUGAAACAUGAGAAUAUACAAGAGGUCUUUGAGAAUAAUUUCCCUAAUUGGGAAUACUUUUCUAGUUCUAUCACCUCUGGUAGGAUUUUGGUUAUUUGGCAAGCUAAGUUUGUGAAGGUCGAAAUUUUGCUCGAGGAUCCUCAACUUGUUCACUGCAAGAUAAAAGUGUGUGGCCAGCAGGAGGUUUUCUUUGCCACGGUGGUUUAUGGUAGUAACUCUAUGGGGGAGAGAAAAAAGUUAUGGGACAAGUUGGCUAGUAUUGGUCAACUGAAUAAUCCUUGGAUUAUUUUCGGGGAUUUUAAUGCUAUGUUUAGCUUCCAGGACAGGAAUGGUGGGAGACAAAUCUUAGCAAAAGACAUUGCUGAUGCUCAAGACUGGCUGACUUUAGGCCAAGUGGAAGAAUUCAAGUGCUCUAGAGCGAACUUUACUUGGUCCAACAAGCAUGAUGUAGGAGACCGGAUUUUUUCCAAGCUAGAUCGAGAGUUGAACAAGGUGGGAUUCAAACCCUUUAGAUAUUGUAAUCACUGGUUGCAUUAUCGAGGUUACAAAGAGACUGCUUUGAAUAGCUGGAACUCCAAUUCAGGUCCGGGAGGAGGCCUAAAUAAGAUUGUGCAGAAACUCUUUAGAGUUAAACAUGUUCUGAAAAGAUUUAACAGGGAAGAGGUUGGUGAUGUAGUCUUGGAUUACAAGUUGGCAAAGGAGGAAUUCAGCAAAGCUCAGGAGGCCUUGGCUUCUAAUCCCACUGACUCUACUCUACAUCAAGCUGUUAUUCAAGUUCAGCAGAAGUUUUCUGAUAUGUUGAACCGGUACUCUAGCUUUCUCAAGCAGCAGAGUAAAGUUAAUUGGGUUAAUUUUAGUGAUGAAAACUCGAGGUACUUCCAUGCUGUUAUGAGGAAAAGAAGAAUGGAAAACAGAAUCACAACUUUCACUAUUGGUGACAAAAUAGAAGAUGAUUAUUCGAAAGUAGUUGAGCACUUUCUCACCCAUUUUGAGAACUUUAUGGGGAGGAGAAGUUCGACUACUAAGGAGAUUGACUUAGAUUGUUUGAACCAGGGUAAUAGACUGACUUUGGAGCAGCAAGUCAGUUUAUUAAGGCCUUUUAGUAAGAGUGAUGUGAAGAAGGCGAUUUUCAGCAUUCACUCUUCUAAAAGUCCUGGGUUGGAUGUCUUCGGAUCAGGUUUUUUCAAAGGGUUAUGGGAAAACAUUGGAGAUGAAAUCUCUCAUUCUGUGUUAGAGUUUUUUCACGAUGGGUUUUUGCCAAAGUCGCUGAAUGAAACGGUGAUUUCCCUCAUUCCUAAGGUUGCAGACCCGAAAACAGCUAGUGAUUACAGGCCUAUAGCUUGUUGUAAUACACUUUAUAAGUGUAUCUCGAAGAUGCUUUGUACAAGGCUUUCGGAAGUGCUUCCCUUUCUUGUUCAUAGCAACCAAGGGGCUUUCAUAAAGAAUAGAAUUCUUGCUCAUAAUAUUAUGAUCUUCCAGGAUCUCCUCAAAGGGAACGAGCUACAAUCUCCUCAUGAAUGGAAGAAUUCAGGGUACUUUCAAAGGGGAAAAAGGUCUUCGUCAAGGAGACCCCAUGUCUCCCCUCCUGUUUGUGCUGAUAAUGGAGUAUCUAACCAGAUUAUUGGCCCAAUGUUAUGUUCAGUGAGAGGUAUUCAAGAAGCUUUCAAGAAGUUCUGUGAUUCUACAGGUCUUUCUGCGAACAAAACGAAAUCUCAUAUCUUCUUUGGAGGAGUUAAAGAAGACAUUAAAGUUAAGAUUCUUGACUUGAUGCAAAUGGAAGAAGGCUCUUUUCCUUUGAAAUACUUGGGGGUUCAUCUUCGUCCUACUAAAUGGAAAGCUUCAGAUUGUGGGGUGAUCUUGGACAAACUGAACAAGAAUCUCAAUUGUUGGGCGAGUAGGAAUCUGUCUUUUGCUGGUCAUGCUCAACUAAUUCACUCGGUUUUGCUUGGUAUCAGAAACUUCUGGAUGAGCAUAUUCAUUCUUCCUUAUAAAAUAACAACUGCCAUAGAUAAAAGCUGUCAUGACUUCCUCUGGGGUUCUAAAGGGAAUAGGAGUAAGCUUCAUCACCCUUCUUGGGAGAAGGUUUGUCUCCCUAAAAAGCUGGGUGGUAUUGGGUUUCGCGAUGGCAAGAAAUAG